AUGGCGGACAUAUUCAAGGAGCAGGAACGAGUGAAAUACGCGAUUGGCCGCGUCGUGGAAAACCUGAAGAAGAAAGGCGUUAAUGAUUAUAAUAAGGGGAUGGUUACCGUUCGUCGAGACCACCUCGACACGUUGUGGCUCACCUUUGCUAAAAACCACGAACAGAUCGAGUCAACCGCCACCGCCGCCCAACGACAAAGUCAUGACUAUUUCGUACAAGACUGGUACAAUGAGACGAAGGAGGCGUACCUGGAUGAAAAGGGCUACCUGAGCAACGUCCUCGAUGAAUUUACAAUCGAGAGGAGCAAGGACACGAAGACCGCUACUCCUGACGCUACGAUCACUCAGUUCCGUCCUGCGGUACAGCCAAUGCAGAUCCCGACCUUCGACAGGGACUAUACCAAGUGGCCUUCUUUCCGUGAUCUGUUCACCACCCUGAUAGUCCGUAACCCCGCUAUGAUGAACCUGGAGCGCCUCCACCAUCUGAAAGGUUGUCCCGCUGGCUAUCCUGGGAUGCUGCUACGGAACAUGCCCCUGGAGGCAACGAACCUCGCCGCUGCUUGGACUGCACUGCAGGAUUUGUAUAACAAUAAAGGGAUCCUCGUUCAGCACCAGCUCAACGAUCUGGAUGCGUUACCCGUCAUGAGGAAGCGUUCAGUGGACGAGCUCAAAGCACUUCGCUUUAAGACGUGGGACGCCGUAUCUGUUCUCGCCGUUUUAGGACGCCCGGUCGAUCGGAGUGCUGACUGGUUGGUGCGACAAACGGUCAAUCGUCUCGACCAGCAAACCCGGAUGGAGUGGCAAGUUUCCCUCGGCACGUCCACCCAACCAGCAUCAAUGGACACCCUCAAGGAUUUCUUGGACGCUCGGAUACUGGCCGUUGAAGCUGCUUCCUUACAGUCCGGUGUCGAGGUCCGCCAGCAGUCUCGAGUACCCGCGAAGGCCGCCAAGGUGCAUCAAGUGUCCACUAAAAGGAGGACAGGUAAGGCAUGUGACCUCUGUCAGGAGUUGCAUUACAUUUACAGCUGCCUACGUUACCGACAAAUGACUCCUGACACGCGACUGAGCACGGUGAAGCGACUGCAGCUGUGUUUAAACUGCCUCGGCAAACACCGACUCGACGAGUGUCCCUCGGACAAUCGGUGUCGCCGGUGCUCCACUAAACACGACAGCAGCCUUCACGACGCUUGCUCGCCCAACGAAGGUGCCACCGUCCUGCACGCUCUCCAGCACCGUUCUGAUACGCCAACUGCCGUCCUCAGCACCGCCCGUGUCGGGCUAUUCACUCCGAUAGGCACCUCUAUCGUGACGAGGGCGUUGGUGGAUCCAGGGAGCGAGGUUUCGCUAAUCUCCGAGACCCUCGCGCAGAGCCUCGGUCUGAAGAGGAUGCAUUCCCGAGUCUCGUUAAUGGGAGUCGGCGGGACACGAUCGCAGGUGUCACGGGGCCAGGUUUCCGUGCCCCUGGCUUUGGUGCGCGACGACGGACCCAUCCUCAAGGUGACUGCUCUCAUUUUACCUGAGAUUUCAAGGUACCUGCCUCCACAGCUUCCGGGACCAGCAGCUUGGCCACACCUCGAGGGAAUAACUCUCGCCAACCCCCACUACGCGGCCCGUGACUUCGUGGACGUGCUGCUGGGCGCCGACGUCUACAACCGCCUGCUGCUGGAUGGUGUCCGUCGCGGAAGCAGCGAUCAGCCUGUCGCCCAGGAGUCGCGGAUGGGAUGGAUCCUGACAGGGGGACUGUCGAGGAGUUCGGGGCAGACAACCAGCGCUAAGGCUCUCCCUGGAGUCCACUGCUGCAUCAUGGAUCGUGGGCUGGAUGAUUUGCUUCAGCAGUUCUGGCAGCAAGAAGAAGUGCAGGUGGUGGUGCCUCCUACCCCGGACGACGAGGCCUGCGAGCAGCACUUCAAGUCCACCUACCGCCGGAUGCCAGAGCGGAGAUUCAUGGUCCGGCUGCCCUUUCAUCCGGAACUUCACCUAGGCACCUCACGUCCAGCGGCGCUCCGAGCAUUGGAAUCCAUCCAGCGCCGAUUCCGGAACGAUGAGGACUUUGAAAGGGCUUACCGAGCCUUCAUGCAGGACUACGUCUCCCUGGGACAUAUGGAGGUCGCUCGUAGAGCCCCUAUCGGUUCCCGUUUCUACCUUCCCCAUCACGGGGUGCUGAAGGCCACCAGCACGACCACCAAACUGCGUGUGGUGUUCAACGGCUCACGUCCAACAAGCUCCGAGAAAAUGUACCGCCAGAUCCUCGUGCAUGAAGACGACUGGGACCAUCAGAGGAUAUUAUGGCGGGCAGAGAACCAGGGGAAGGUGACGGUAUAUACCCUGUCCACCGUCACCUACGGUCUGGCUUGUGCCCCGUAUCUUGCUUUGCGCUGCCUGCAUCAGCUCGCCAGCGACGAGGAGUCCAGGUUCCCCUUCGGUGCGGCAGUCCUCAGGUCGGAGGUUUACAUAGACGACGUUCUGUCCGGCAGAGCGACGGUGGAGGAAGCUAAAAGAAAAAGGGGGCAAUUAAACUCACUCCUCAGGGCAGGCGGCUUCGUCCUACGCAAAUGGGCUUCCAACACACCUAAGCUGUUGGAGGACUCCCAGGAAGCAGAGUCCAUUGUCUCUCUACACUGGGACUCAGAGUCAACCCACAGCGUUCUCGGUCUCCGGUGGUUAGCUAAUUCCGAUGAGUUUCAGGUGCACGUCACUCAACAGGCUGCUGACCACCUGUGCACCAAGAGGACCACAUUGAGCCAGGCCGCUCAAAUCUUCGACCCGCUAGGAUGGUUGGCUCCCGUCACCGUCUGGGCCAAGAUAUUUAUUCAAGGUCUCUGCCUCCUGAAAACCGACUGGGACGCCGCGCUGCCCCCGCAAGAGGAAGGCCGCUGGUAUAAAUUCUUCUGGGAGUUGCCGGCUCUGGACACCAUAAGGGUUCCUCGUUGGCUGGGAUUAUCACCGGACCAGCACCGAGUGGAGCUGCAUGGGUUUGCUGACGCCUCGGAACGAGCCUACGCCGCCGUGGUGUAUUUGAGGACCACCUGCAAAAGAAGGGACGUCAGAAUCAGCCUGAUAGCCGCCAAAACCAAGGUCGCCCCCCUGAAGAGGACCACGAUUCCGCGACUGGAGUUAUGUGCUUCUCACCUGCUGUCUCGGCUGACGGCCCACGUCAGCACUACCCUGGCCAUCGACGCGGAACUACACUGCUGGACUGACUCCCGCGUCGUACUCGGGUGGAUCCAGGGUCACCCCAGCCGAUGGCCGACCUUUGUGGCCAACAGAGUGGCUGACAUUCAAGGAAGGCUGCCUCACGCUGUCUGGCGCCAUGUAAAGGGCGAGGACAACCCCGCUGACUGCGCGUCUCGUGGGAUUCUACCAUCGGAGUUACCCGACCAUAACCUCUGGUGGCAAGGACCGAACUGGCUGGCCGUCACUACUGCCUGGGCACCUGAGACGAUCGACGUCCAUGAGGAGGAGGAAGGGGGAGUCAUUCUCUGCAUCUCCAGCGGCCAGGUGGCGACGACGAGGUGA